GGCUCUGACGACGCAGCCGUCAGUCACGUCGGCGUGCUAAGAAGGAACGAAACCUGCCUCUCAGAGCCGAGUUUUAUGAUAACAGGGGAGGAAAACUCUUACUCCAGCAGUCUCUGUUGUUCCUCAUGGGCAUCACGAUGCUGCGAAGUGCCUGCGUAGCCGCUUGUAACGUAGGGUAAAGACAAGAGGCUAGCUGGCGUGCUAGCUUAAUUUAGCCACACAGUCUGACAGGCGAAGCCUGUGGCUAACUGUUUACUUCUCUUUGUAUAAGACCAACCAACAAUCAUGACACAGAAAGUGAGUCUGUGUUCAGUUUCCCUUGGAGUGGAGGGUAUGACUUGUGGCUCCUGUGUCCAGUCCAUAGAGCAGCGCAUUGGGUCUCUCCCUGGAGUCAUACAUAUAAAGGUGUCUUUAGAGCAAAAGAAUGCCACUGUCAUAUUUGACCCCAGCCAGCAGAGUCCACAGUCUCUGUCAGAAGCCAUCGAGGACAUGGGCUUUGAAUCAAGUCUGUCGGAGUCCAUCACAGCCACACCAGUCUCUACAGAUACCCAGCUGAUAUCCACCUCAGGCCUGACACCUGCAGCCCAAGAGGAGGCUUUGGAAAAGCUAUCCCAGAUUCAGGGAGUGCUGGAUAUUAGAGAGAGCCCAGUCCAGAUGGGUUUCACGGUCACAUUUGUUCCCUCCCUGACUUCAGCACUGCAGCUGAGCGAGUUGUUGGCCAGCGUAACGCCUCUGGAGGUCCCCACACCCAGCAGCCCUGUGAAGAAAGUCCCAACCUUGUCCCCGUCUCACAGCAAAGGAGGAGGGGCAGCACUCCUGAAGUUGUGCAUUGAAGGAAUGACGUGCCACUCUUGCACCACCACUAUUGAAGGGAAGAUUGGAAAACUGAAAGGGAUUGAAAAGAUCAAAGUUGUUUUAGACUCUCAGGAAGCUACAAUCGUCUACCUGCCUUACCUCAUUACUGUCCCAACCAUCAUCGACCAGAUUGCUGUGGCCGGCUUCAAGGCUUAUAUCAAGUCCAAGCCCCGCCCUCUGCAGCUGUCCCCUGGUGAAGUCGAACGUUUCGUUGAUUCUCAAAAACCAACUGUUUCAUCACCAUCAGAGACUUCAGAGGAGACUGAAAUCUUCAUUGACACAACACUUGUCGCGCUCAGGGUGAAAGGCAUGCACUGCAAUUCCUGUGUGGUCAAUAUCCAGGACAAUAUCUCUAUGCUGCCUGGUGUCUCCUCGGUGGAGGUCUCUCUGGAGAAGGAGAAGGUCUCCAUCUGCUACGAUCCUCUAAAGAUCACAGUGCCUCAGCUGCAGCAAGCAAUUGAGGCGCUGCCCCCGGGAAACUUCAAGACUCAACCCUGGGACUCUUCUGGCCUUCUCAGUCCUGCAUCCACAUCGCUCACACCUGCCUUAUCAUCGCCUUGGCCUGCGGGAGCAACCCAGGCCAAACCUGCUGCCUCACAGCCUUGUUUUACCCAGCCUCUGGCAUCUGUAGUUAAUAUUCACAUUGAAGGCAUGACAUGCAACUCCUGUGUCCAGUCCAUUGAAGACAUGAUCUCCCAAAGGAAGGGGGUGGUGUCGGCCCAGGUGUCUCUGGCUGAUCACCAGGGGAUCUUUGAGUAUGAUCCCCUCCUGACCACACCAGAGGAGCUGAGGGCGGCCAUAGAGGACAUGGGAUUUGACUCCUUCCUACCUGAAACCAAUUCUCUGCUGCCUGCACCAGAUCCCCGUCUCUCAAAGUCUUCAAGUCUCGUACCUGUGAAAGACAAGGAACUGGACAGUGACCUAUACAAAGAAACCCACCAGGGACGCAACAGAGACAAGCACGCUAAAUGCUAUAUUCAGAUCGGAGGGAUGACCUGUGCCUCCUGUGUCGCAAACAUUGAGCGAAACCUCAAGAAUGAACCUGGUAUCUACUCUGUUCUGGUGGCGCUAAUGGCCAGUAAAGCAGAGGUGCGUUAUAACCCUGAAGUCAUCGACCCUGUGAAGAUAGCAGAGUGUGUGAAAGAGCUGGGCUUCGCUGCCUCUGUGAUGGAGAACUACGAGGGAUCAGAUGGAAACCUAGAACUAGUGGUCAGAGGAAUGACGUGUGCCUCUUGUGUUCACAAAAUCGAAUCCAGCCUUAUGAGAGAAAAGGGGAUUAUAUAUGCCUCAGUUGCCUUGGCAACCAACAAAGCACAUGUCAAGUACGACUCAGAAAUUAUAGGGCCCCGAGAUAUCAUCAAGUUGAUCGAGAAUCUCGGGUUUGAAGCAUCUUUGGUAAAGAGGGACCGCACUGCCAGUCACCUGGACCACAGCAAAGAGAUACAACAGUGGAGGAAAUCUUUCCUGGUGAGCUUGAUUUUCUGUGUGCCUGUGAUGGGCAUGAUGAUGUACAUGAUUAUCAUGGACCACCAGAUGAAUGCUUCACAUCAGCACAAUGCCACGGCGGAGGACCGCAACCAUUACCACUCCACCAUGUUCCUGGAGAGACAACUGCUCCCCGGCCUCUCCAUCAUGAACCUCCUCUCCUUCCUCUUUUGCGUGCCUGUACAGUUUAUUGGAGGUCGCUACUUCUACAUUCAAGCCUACAAAGCAGUCAAACACCGAUCUGCCAACAUGGAUGUGCUAAUAGUUCUGGCUACUUCCAUAGCCUUCACCUAUUCACUGGUCGUCCUAAUAGUGGCCAUGGUGGAGAAGGCUAAAGUCAACCCCAUCACCUUCUUUGACACGCCACCCAUGCUCUUUGUCUUCAUUUCUCUGGGACGCUGGCUGGAACAGAUAGCCAAGAGCAAGACGUCUGAGGCUUUGUCCAAACUCAUGUCUCUACAAGCUACGGAGGCCACAGUGGUCACUCUUGGCAGUGACAACUCUAUUCUCAGUGAGGAGCAGGUGGAUGUCGAGCUGGUGCAGAGGGGCGAUGUGGUGAAAGUCGUACCUGGAGGGAAGUUUCCAGUAGAUGGGAGGGUCAUCGAGGGACACUCCAUGGCAGAUGAGUCUCUCAUCACAGGUGAGGCCAUGCCAGUGACUAAGAAGCCCGGGAGCUCUGUUAUUGCAGGCUCCAUUAACCAAAAUGGCUCUCUGCUUGUCAGUGCUACACAUGUUGGCAUGGACACGACACUGUCUCAGAUUGUCAAACUAGUGGAGGAGGCUCAAACGUCAAAGGCUCCCAUCCAGCAGUAUGCAGAUAAGAUUAGUGGCUAUUUUGUACCCUUCAUUGUCGGCAUAUCCGUCGUUACGCUGCUUGCCUGGAUCAUCAUUGGGUUUUUGGACUUCUCGCUAGUGGAGAAAUACUUUCCAGGUUAUGACAAGAGCAUUUCCAGGGCUGAGGCGGUGAUUCGCUUCGCCUUCCAGGCCUCCAUAACAGUGUUAUGCAUUGCUUGUCCCUGUUCCCUUGGCUUGGCAACCCCGACAGCUGUCAUGGUGGGCACAGGGGUUGGGGCCCAGAAUGGUAUUCUGAUAAAGGGAGGAGAGCCACUCGAGAUGGCACAUAAGGUCCAGUCAGUGGUGUUUGAUAAGACUGGGACCAUCACAUAUGGUGCUCCAAAGGUUAUCCAAGUCAAGAUAGUUGUGGAGGGGAACAAGAUGCCUCGUUCCCGUCUGCUUGCCAUCGUGGGUACAGCUGAGAACAACAGUGAACACCCUCUGGGAGCAGCUAUCACCAAAUACUGCAAACAGGAGCUCGGGACAGAGUCUCUUGGCGCGUGCACAGACUUCCAGGCGGUGCCGGGCUGUGGCAUCCGUUGUCUGGUCAGCAACACGGAGAGCCUGCUGAAACAGGCGGACAGCGACAGCGAGGACAACAACCAGCGCAACAGCGUCCUCGUCCAGAUCAGUGACACUCGGAUAACCACAAGCUCCCAUCCACUCAUCAUGGACCCACAGCCGCUCAGCCUCGUUCAGACAGCCACUUAUGUCGUCCUGAUUGGCAACAGAGAGUGGAUGAGGAGGAAUUGCCUGCAGAUCAGACCUGAUGUAGAUGAGGCCAUGACGGAGCAUGAGCGCAGAGGACGCACUGCUGUUCUAGUAGCUAUAGACAACCUGCUGUGUGCGAUGAUCGCCAUAGCUGACACAGUGAAACCAGAGGCUGAGCUGGCAGUACACACUCUGACCAACAUGGGUCUGGAAGUUGUGCUGAUGACCGGAGACAACAGCAAGACAGCACGAGCCAUUGCUGCUCAGGUGGGUAUCAGGAAGGUGUUUGCUGAGGUGCUUCCCUCCCACAAGGUGGCCAAGGUAGAGCAGCUGCAGCAGGCAGGCAAGAGAGUUGCCAUGGUGGGUGACGGUGUUAACGACUCACCCGCUCUGGCCAUGGCUGACGUGGGCAUCGCCAUAGGAACGGGCACAGAUGUGGCCAUAGAGGCAGCAGAUGUGGUGCUGAUCAGGAAUGACCUCCUGGAUGUGGUGGGCAGUAUUGACCUCUCUAAGAAGACUGUCAAGAGGAUCAGGAUCAAUUUCAUAUUUGCUCUUAUCUACAACUUGGUUGGCAUUCCUAUUGCUGCUGGUGUAUUCCUUCCCAUUGGUUUGGUGUUACAGCCGUGGAUGGGCUCUGCUGCAAUGGCACUGUCGUCUGUCUCUGUGGUCUUGUCCUCUCUUUUACUAAAAUGUUACACUAAGCCCACUGCAGAGAAGUUAGAAGCUCGACUGGGUAACAACAGACGGCAGGGCAGCCUGUCCGAUGUCAGCAUCCACAUCGGCAUGGGCGAGAUGCGCCGUCCCUCCCCCAAACUCAGCCUGCUGGACCGCAUUGUCAACUACAGCCGCGCCUCCAUCAACUCCCUGCGCUCCGACAAGCACUCGCUCAACAGCUUGGUGCUCAGCGAGCCCGACAAACACUCUCUGCUGGUGGGGGAGGCGCUGUGUGAGGAGGAGUUCUGCUGAACGUGUAAGGCUCACAUGGGCCUGCAAUGACUUUUUUCUAUGCUGAAGUAGACAGUAACUGCAUUUAUUCAAGGCAAGGACACACUAAGCUGAAAGGGUUACAUUGAAUAAUAGCCCAUCCAUCUGCUGUAGGUGCCUCAGGCCAGCACUGUUGACUUGAAGACAGCGUAUAUGCCCCCUGUUUUCUUUCAGCUCAGCCAGCAGAUCACAUGCAUUUCAGAGCAUGCUGGGGGUGAUCUCCUCUCCUUCAGUAGCAGACUAUCUUUUGUUGAGGUAACUGCCCUCGGGCAUGCUCUUUGACCAACCCUUUGACACUUUGAUCCUGUGACGCUCUGCGUGCAGGGGCAUGAAGCAUCUUCAGAGCCUUGAAGCUGGUGCCCACAUCCAGGAAACAGAGAGAUGAUCAGCUCUGCCUCUGUGGUCAUUUGCCAGUACAAUCUUUAUCAUCUAUCCAAAGACAUUUUCACAGUGACAUCCCUUGUAUGAGUGGACACUACAGAGAUAUAUUUUAACAAAUUUCUUUCCAUAUUUCCUUAUAUGGAAAAUUAUAACACUGUUGUAUUAUUCUAUUCCAGAGUAUUUAUAUUACCCUUAUUUAUCUUUUUUCAUUAUAUCCUAUGUGAACAAGUUGUUCAAUCGAAAUGCCAAUUCAAAGUAAUUUGAAGUAAUUACUAAACAAAGGAAGACAAAACAAAAAAAACUAAAUUGAAGAAGUCUUGUGACUUGCUGCAAACUAAUGUCAUUGCAAAGCGCCAGUGGUGUGAAAUGUAAAUGUCAGUGUGACCCAAGUGCCAACUGAAAGUCGAACACACUCCAAAGAUAGCGCUGAGCAGAGAUUACCUUGGACAAAAUGUGCACAAAGAGUGAACAGAGAUAAGGUCAAUGACUCAAAGCAGAGACCUGAAGAAGGCCAACUGUGAAUGGUGAUGCCAGCUGUAGAAGACUGGUAUUUCUAUAGCUGCGUCAGCCCUCUGCAUCUUUGGUUAAUUAUUUAAGAUGUCAGUGAAUGUGAACAUUAUUCAUUGCUAACUUUGAACAGAGGUUGUUACAUGAAUGACAUUGUUUGUGCUUGGAUUACUUUAUGCGCUCGCUGCAAAGAGAAGGUUCGUGUUUUGAAAAGGCCAAAUUGUAAAUGCAUUUGUGUCGUGUUUUAGCGUCUCAGUAGGCCAGAAGGUGUUACUGUUACUGUCUUGUUGUUUGGUGAUGCAACUUUUUCAUUUCUCUGCUUUUACACGGUUAUAGACCACGCUCAAAGAAACCUCUUUGAAACCAUGGGAGCAGGAAGCACAGCAGGAUCAGCAGAGCAGUUCCACCUAGACAAGUUACUGAGAAACAAAUGUUGAUGAAUUAAGUGUUAAGAAUUAUAAGAUCGAAGUUGUAAAAUUGAAAUCAAACCAAUCACAUUGCAGUUAUAGACAGUGACUGUUCAGUUGUCUAUGCUUUAGUUUUUCUCUGGUGAAGUGAUUACAAAGAUUUUCUUAAGUUGUUACCUGCUGCGUCAAAUCAGGACAUAAUCACCACUGACCAGCUCAACCUUGAAUAUUUGUGUUCAGUCUUCUCUAGUGUUCUGCUGGUGAAAAUCAUCAGAUUGACCUUCCACUCCCCUGAGAUGCAUUCUGUCCUGUAGCUGUCACAGCUUCUGAGUGCUUUUAUGCCAAUUUGCCGUUUGUGUGCAUUGCUUCUUAAAGACGUCCAUAGGCCUUCAGAUGUGUGUGCAGUUAAAUCAAGCGAGUCCAUGUUUGCUGUCUUUCAUAGUUCUUCUGAACAUUAUGUGCCUUGGAAUAAAACGCUUUUGUAACGUCA